AUGGCGGCUGCCGCCACCUCGCAGUCUGUGCAGCCCGUAAAGCUUUCACUUCCUCUUGUCUACCAGCAGAAGCUCUUCGAGGAACUGCGAAAAGAAGAUGAGCUCGUCAUCUUGGCGCGGGGCUUGGGGCUCAUCCGUCUCGUCACCAACCUGCUUCACUCGUAUGAUGCGGCCGGCAACAACUUGAUUGUCAUCGUCAGUGCAGAGGACAGGGAAAACGCUUGGAUUGGCGAGGCCCUUGCAGAGCAUGCUGCUAUUAGCAUGUCGCCCCGGGCCAGGGGGUUGACCGUGGUCAACACCGACUUCACCAGCGUGGCAGCCCGCGAGAAGUUGUACGCCGCCGGUGGCAUCUUCAGCAUCACGUCCCGCAUCCUGAUUGUCGAUAUGCUGACCGGCCUACUAAAUCCCGAAACAAUUACGGGCCUGAUUGUUCUCCAUGCAGACCGGAUUGUUGCCACAUCCCUGGAGGCUUUUAUCCUGAGGAUCUACCGUCAAAAGAACAAGGUCGGCUUCCUCAAGGCCUUCUCAGACAACCCGGAUCCCUUUACAACGGGCUUCUCACCUCUGGCCACCAUGAUGAGGAAUAUGUUUGUCCGGAAAGUAUCGCUCUGGCCACGCUUCCAUGUCCAUGUUGCCCAGGCACUCGAGGGGAAAAAAAAGGCCGAAGUCAUCGAGCUGGAAGUCCCAAUGACAGAUGCAAUGCGCGAGAUCCAGAAUGCUGUCAUGGAGUGCGUUGAGGUCAGCAUCCACGAGCUCAAAAAGAACAAUACGGGACUGGAAAUGGAUGACUGGAACCUUGACAGCGCCCUGCUCAAGAAUUUCGAUGUCAUGGUCCGUCGUCAGCUCGAUCCCAAUUGGCACCGAGUCAGCUGGAAGACGAAGCAGAUCGUGAACGAUUUGACCGUACUUCGAGGCAUGCUUCAGUCCGUCUUGGCCUUGGAUGCCGUCUCGUUCCUCCAGCAACUCGACACCAUCCAUGCCGCCCAUUCGCCACCCCCUGGGUCGACAAGGCAGACGCAAUCUCCGUGGCUCUUUCUCGACGCCGCGCAGACCAUUUUCGACACGGCAAAGAGGCGUGUCUACUCCAGCACCAAGAAAGCAGGACCGGACACUAACAUUGACGAACUGCGACCGGUGCUGGAAGAACAGCCCAAAUGGGCCGUCUUGGCAGAAGUACUAGAAGAAAUUGAUCGAGAUAUCUACUUUGAGCCCGCUGUCCGCGAUGACUCCAACGGCACCAUCUUGAUCAUGUGCUCAGACACAAAUACGUGCCGACAGCUCCGCGACUAUCUUCAAACGAUGAACGUGAAGCCGAGGACGCAAAAGAAAGUCGAGGAAAUCUACGACCCAGAGGAGGACAAGCCAUCUGCUGCUUUUAUGUUGAGGAGAAAAAUGCGUAACUACCUCAAAUGGAAGCGCGAGUUCGCCCAGGUCAGCGCGACUCUCUUCUCAGAGAACCAAAAGGCGAUCAAUGGCGCAGUGGAUCCACGUCUCGCCCAGUCGAAAGGCAGGGCGCCUCCAAACAAGAGGCGGAGGGUUCGGGGCGGCGGAUCUGUAGGCACAGGCCCGGGCCGCCUCGAGAAUGGAAGUAUAGCGCAGUAUUUUGAGAAACCCGGCGAAGUCGCGGAGCUGAUGGCCGAGGUCGAACCCACCGAGGAAGAAGCACAACAAAAGGAGGAAAUAACCGCCGAUCCCUUGGAGGACAUGGACGAUUACUAUCAGCUGUACGACAUGCAGGACCUCGUGGUAAUCCAUGCGUACGACGGAGACCAGGACGAGCAUGUACUAGAGGAGGUCAAGCCAAGAUACAUCGUCAUGUACGAGCCCGACGCGUCCUUUAUCCGGCGGGUGGAAGUGUACCGUUCUUCCCACAACGACAGGAACGUCAGGGUGUACUUUCUGUACUACGGCGGGUCGGUUGAGGAACAGCGCUACCUGUCGACCGUUCGCCGCGAGAAGGACGCUUUUACCAAGCUCAUCAAGGAGCGCGCCAGCAUGUCGGUCGUCUUGACAACAGAUCUGCAGGGCGUCGAAGACCCACAGGAGGCGUUCCUCCGCACCAUCAACACGCGCAUCGCCGGUGGCGGCAGGCUCGCAGCCACGGCGCAACCGCCGCGCGUCGUCGUCGACGUGCGAGAGUUCCGCUCCUCCCUCCCGUCACUGCUGCACGGGCGGGCCAUGAUCAUUGUGCCCUGCAUGCUGACGGUGGGCGACUACAUCCUCAGCCCGACCAUAUGCGUCGAGCGCAAGAGCGUUAGCGACCUCAUCAGCUCGUUCAAAGACGGCCGCCUGUACAGCCAGUGCGAGACCAUGUUCCAGCACUACAAGAACCCGAUGCUGCUGAUCGAGUUUGACCAGAACAAGAGUUUUACUCUGGAGCCCUUUGCAGACCUCUCGGGUAGCAUGUCGAGCGUGAGCGCCGCCAACGCGGGCGCGAACGACCUGCAGAGCAAGAUUGUGCUGCUCACGCUGGCGUUCCCAAAACUGAGGAUUAUCUGGUCCUCGUCGCCGUACGAGACGGCCGAGAUUUUUGAGCGGCUCAAAGCGCAGGAGGCGGAGCCGGACCCAAUCGCUGCCGUGAGGGCGGGGCUGGAUCAGGACGCGCCGGCCGAGGAACAGACGUUCAAUGCGGAGCCGCAGGAGAUGCUGGCUGCGGUGCCUGGGGUGACGCCAAAGAAUCUGAUCAAUAUUACGCUCAAGACGGAAAACAUCAAGGAGGUGGCCAACAUGACGGUCGAGGAGCUGGAGCCGUUGGUUGGCAAGGAGGCGGCGCGCAAGAUUUACGGCUUCUUUGCCAAGGAUCUUCUCGAGGACGAGUAUGGGGGUCAAUAG